AUUCAAUUAAAUUACUGGACUAUAAUAGAUUGAAAAUUUGAGUUGGAAUGUCAUCACUCUACAUAAAAUCAUAUGAACAACAAGCAAACGCUGAGUAUUUAUCUGACUGCUCUCGUAGCUGGAUCAUAGCAGGUUGUUCGUCAUCUCCUUCUGUGCUCUAUGGAUCUGGUUUUGUGCUCCGUCCCAUAGCCAGCUGACAAUUGUCAAAAUUCAGUUGUCACUAUCAAUUCAAACUGACAGGCUCACCUGUACAUUGAUUUCCAACGGAUUUUUUACUUUGAGUGAAAAACUAGUGAACAACCACGUCUUAGAUAACAAAUUAAUGUUCCUAGACUCAUCCUACUAUCAAUAGACAAUCAAAAACCAAUGGCAGAUAGCAAGUGCGCUGUCAUGAAUAAAGAGAACCAGCAUUUAGUGCCUCCAAACUCUUCUGGCCCUGUUUUAAGUAGUGCGCAAAACAAUGCGAAUUCUGAGAAUGAAGUGAGAUCAACAGUCACUUCUACAGGGGCUUGCAAAAAACAACCAACACAAGAUAGAAAAUGGACAUUGAGUGAUUUUGAUAUAGGAAGACCUUUAGGCAAAGGAAAAUUUGGCAAUGUCUACCUAGCUAGAGAAAAAUCGUCCAAGUUCAAAAUAGCAUUGAAAGUUCUUUUCAAAAGUGCUAUAAAAGAAUGUAACAAUGAACACCAAGUUAGAAGAGAAAUCGAAAUCCAGAGUCAUUUGAAGCAUCCAAAUAUUUUGAGACUGUAUGGAUAUUUCCAUGAUGAAGCUAGAGUUUAUUUAAUUUUGGAAUUUGCUGCAAAUGGUGCUCUGUAUCAAAAACUGACUUCCACACUAGACAAAAGGUUCCCAGAACCUGAAGCUGCAAAAUAUAUUGCUCAGGUAGCCGAUGCACUGAUGUACUUACAUCAAAAGAAGGUUAUACACAGGGAUAUCAAGCCAGAAAAUUUGUUGUUGGGUUCAAAUGGUGAAAUCAAAAUAGCAGAUUUUGGUUGGUCUGUUCAUGCCCCAUCAUCUAAGAGGACUACAGUAUGUGGUACCUUGGAUUAUCUGCCUCCAGAAAUGGUCUGUGGAAAAUCACAUAAUGAAAAGGUAGACCUUUGGAGUGUGGGAGUGCUUUGCUAUGAACUAUUGACAGGAAAACCACCAUUUGAUUCCAAGUGUUAUGAUGAAACGUAUCGAAGGAUUAGUAAAGCCCAAUUCACUCUACCCAGUUACAUGUCUGAAGAGGCCAAAGAUCUCAUUAAAAAAUUACUAGUAGUCAAUCCGGGUCAUCGAUUAUCACUGCCCUUAUUGAUGAAACAUGAAUGGAUAGUCAAAUAUAAUACUCCAAAGUCAGAAUAGAAAAAUUGUUAGGAAUAGUUGUCUGCCCAGUUAAACGAGUGCCAAUGCGUCUGCACAAAAUAGAUAGAGCCUUCUAGGUCUGUUUGACAAUGCCAUAUUUUUAGAAAAUAUGUUUGAAAUAACAAAUUACCCCAAAUAGUUGAAAUUCAAUACUAACUACUUGGAUAGCGAAACACGUCACAGGUUUGGAGUGGUGUUAUUUUUAAAAGUCACUUUUAGACUUAUUGUGAUUUUUCAAGUGUGAAGGGGAUGCUGACUCGGUAUUUAUUUGACUAUGUGGGUAAGAAUUGUGAUAAAUUUAUCUACAAUUCAGCUUAGAAAGUUGUACCUAUAUUUGGCAUCUUCAAGUCACAUACCUACUGUGAUUCAUUUAUGUGGCGUUUUUCUGUGUUUUGCAUUGAUGUGCAGCAUUCCCGAGUACUUAUUUUUAUUUUAUUUACUUAUCGACUUUAUUGUUUUAAAUGUCCUAUGAUGUACUGAUAUCUGGUAUUAUAUACUUUACUUGAACUUUUC